UCGGCUUGUUUCUCUCGUUGUGAUCUCAACCUGAAGUAAAACAAAAGGCAGCAACUUGUAAUGACUUAGCAGAAAGACGAUUGUGUUGUUUCUCAUCUGAGCUAAUAUUUCAGCAACCAUGUGUUCAGUUCAGCAUCUCAGAGAGUUUAUCAGAGAGAGACUAACUGCUGCUGCGGAGGAAAUCUUCACAGAGGUUGAAAAAAAAAAACAUCAUUAGCUACGAGGAAGAGCUCGAUGCUCAGUGAAUAAUGAUGAGGAUUAACUGGAAACCAGUCAUUAAAACUCAACCGAAUCGGUUCUGACCUCCAAAAGCCACAUAUCUCCACUGAGGAGGAAAUGUCUGCCAUCCCCCAGGUACGUCACAACAGGAGGAGAUCCAGUGAUGACCAGGAGGAAGCAGAACCUAAACAGAUUAAAGAGGAAGAGGUUGACCCAGAACAAUUGGAGGUUAAACCAUUAGUAUUAGGAGAUCCAUGUAAUAAAGAAAAAGAGGAGGAAUCAGGUUUUCUACUUAUUGAACAAUGGGAAGAUUCUGAAUUGAUUAAAAAAGAAGAGGAUGAUGCAGAAUCUCAGCUGAUAAAUGAAGGAAAUAAGGAACCAGAUUUUUCAGUGGUUCAACAUGAACAGCAGCCACCAGAACACGUACCAACUGGACCGGACCAGAAAGACCUUUGCGGAAAUCAGGAGGGAGAUCAGCUUGAACAGAAGCAGAUUGUUACUUUGAGUGAAACUUCUACUCUGCAGGACGGUAGUUUGAUUAGAGAACCAAAACUUGAGGAGCUUUCUUUUCAAAUAUCUCCUGUAAUUGAGAGCAAAGAUCAGGAAGGAAGCAGCUCUUCUGUAUCAGAGAGUCAGUCUCAUAUUGACUCAAAGAAAAGGUCUUUCAAAUGUGACAUAUGUGGAAGAUGGUACAAACAUCAGGCUAACUUAAAAAACCAUUACAGAAGCCACACUGGUGAAUGGCCUUUUUCAUGUGAAUCGUGUAGUAAAGGUUUCUCUAAAAUUAGCGCUUUAAAACGGCACAAGAAAAUUCAUACCGGAGAGGAAUCUUUUUUGUGUCAGUCAUGUGGAAAAAGUUUCACUCGAAUUGGUGAUUUAAAUGUCCACAAGAGAACACAUACAGGUGAGAAGCCUUUUUCAUGCCAGGCUUGUGGAAAAUGUUUCUCCCGAAUUGGUAAUUUAAAUGUCCACAAAAGAACUCAUACAGGUGAGAAGCCUUUUUCUUGUCAAACAUGCGGAAAAAGUUUCUCUCACAUGUGUAGUUUAACCAUUCAUAAGAGAAUUCAUACAGGUGAGAAGCCUUUCUCUUGUGAAACUUGCGGACAGAGUUUCUUUCAAAUUAGUAGCUUAAUCACUCACGAGAGAAAUCAUACAGGUGAGAGACCGUUUUUAUGUAAAGCAUGUGGAAAAACUUUCUCUCGAAUUGAUCAUUUAAACGUACACUUGAAAAUUCACACAGGUGAGAGAUCUUUUUCUUGCGACAUAUGUGGAAAAUGUUUUAAAACAAGUUCAAAUUUGAAUGACCACAGAAGAAUUCACACAGGUGAGAAACCUUAUACAUGUGAAACAUGUGGAAAAAGCUUCAUUAAUGUUUGGAAAUUGAAUUUCCACAUUAAACAAAAACACUUGACUGUCACAUAGUUUAACUAUAGUUUAACUUUUCCUGGUAGUAUUUAUCUUUGCAACGGAAAUUGACUAAACCAGGUUGUAGGAAACCUCUCCCAGUCUGUAAAAAGCAGCAACUCAGACCUCAGAAACAAACACCUGUUCCAUACUGUGGUUGACUGGUUCACCCCUGCUAUUAAGAAUAUGAGCAUAUCUACAAUAUCAAAUAAUGCAGCUUAGGGACUUGAGUUUGCCAUCAAGUUUGGAAAUAAAAUGUCAUAACCGUGUAGAUGCUUCUUAGAUGUAGUUCAGCAUGAUAAUGGAGGUCUUGUUUUAAACUCCUUAAUUCAAUUUUCUUUGUAAAUUCUUUUAGAAAAAAAAAGUUGGUCCAUCUGUCCAGUAGCUGAAGCUUGUUUGAAACUGGGUCAACAACAGGAUAACAAAAUAAUUAUUGGGUUGGAAUGUCCUAGUCAAAGACCAAACUUGAGGCUUACAGAGAUAAUGAUGUUCAGAGAGCUGUGCUGAUUUCUGAUCUAAAGCAGGACUCU